AUGGGCAGAGCGGAUGGAGCCUCCAAACUGAGCGCAAAGGACCUGUACGAACAAAGGAAAAAAUACUCCCACUCCAAUGUCAUUAUGCAUGAGACUUCACAGUACCACGUACAGCACUUGGCCACAUUCAUCAUGGACAAGAGCGAGUCCAUCGUGACGGUGGACGAUGCUAUUCGAAAACUCAUCUUGCUCAACUCAAAAGAGAAGAUCUGGACGCAGGAGAUGCUGCUGCAAGUGAACGACAAGUCCAUCCGCCUGCUGGACUGCGAGUCGCAGGAGGAGCUGGAGGACUUCCCUCUGCCGACAGUCCAGCACUGCCAAACGGUGCUGAAUCAGAUGCGCUAUUCCUCCAUCCUCCUCCUGGUGUGUCAGGAUUCAGAGCAGCACAAACCUGAUAUCCACUUCUUCAACUGUGACGAGGUAGAGGCGGAGAUGGUUCACGAGGACAUAGAAAGUGCCCUGGCAGACCACAAGCACGGAAAGAAGAUACGGCCACAGACACUCAAAGCAAACCAAGAAAAGAUCAGGCAGAGACAAUCCAUCCUCCCACCACCACAAGGGCCGGCUCCCAUCCCUAUCCAGCACGACAUGCGAGGCUCAGCGAUGAACAGGAACCGGGUGGCACCCCCUUCCCAACACAAUCCAGACUAUGAACGACGAGGCUCUGGCUCUCAUGACUACGAAGAGUCCCGAGCCAUCUUAGCACAGAAGAUUGAAAAAGAAACGCAAAUCCUGAACUGCACUCUGGAUGACAUUGAACUGUUUGUCGCCAGGCUUCAGAAGGCUGCAGAGGCAUUCAAACAGCUCAACCAAAGGAAGAAAGGGAAGAAGAACAAGAAGAAAGGGCCAGCAGAGGGCAUGCUGACUCUUCGAGCAAGACCCCCAAGUGAGGCCGAGUUCAUCGACUGCUUCCAGAAAACCAAACUGGCUUUUAACCUCUUGGCCAAACUGAGAAAGCACAUCCAGAACCCCAGCGCUUCAGAGUUGGUGCAUUUCCUAUUUGGGCCGCUGGAACUGAUCAUCAGCAGCUGUGGUGGCCCUGAGCUUGCCAGGUCUGUCGUCAGCCCACUUCUUUCUAAAGACACCACAGAUUUCCUCAGAGGACACCUGACACCGAAAGAGAUAAACCUCUGGGACUCCCUGGGAGAGGCAUGGACCAGAUCCAGAGCUGAAUGGCCCCGAGAAGCAAACAUCCCCACCUACAUCCCCAAAUUCCGCAAUGGCUGGGAACCACCCAUGGAAAUAUUCCGCGGAGCUCCCUGGGAAAUAGACAUCGGACACUUGCAAGAAGAGCUAUCAUCAGCCAAUGGAUACCCUUACCGUAACUCCUCACUCAAGCGUGGCCAGACCACUGAUCAGACACAAGCUGUGGAUGCCUUUAAACAGAACGUAACUCAGCAUGUAAAUAGGAAUUUUGAGGCACAGGGAAUGGCUCUGCCGAAAAGAUAUGCCAAAAUCCGCUACGAUUUCACUGCGCGAAAUGCCAAUGAACUCUCAGUGCUUAAGGAUGAAAUCCUGGAGGUGUUGGAAGAUAAUAAGCAGUGGUGGAAGUUGCUCAACCGGAGCGGGCAGGCUGGUUACGUCCCUUAUAACAUCCUGGAUGUGGUGAAACUGGAAGAGCUCGAACAGUCUAACCAGAGGUACAAAGGAGACCUGAGCCCCAGGGGCUAUGGACCUUCCAGCCCAACUCACAAGCUACCUGCCAGCUACGCUGGGGAUAAAUGGGGAAGUGAAAUGUUAUCGCGCAACUCUCCCCAGGAUGCCAAAGAACAACUUAUUCAUCAAAUGGAUGAGCUGAAUGAUGAGUUGCUAAAGAAGAUCACAAACAACAAAAUUCAGCCUCCCCAGAGGAAUUUCAAAGUGGAAAAGCCUCAGGAAGUUUUUGUGCCCCUCACCUUCGAAUCCAGCGCUGAAGAAGUCAAAGCUUGGCUGGAGGCAAAGUCAUUCAGCAAAGAGACAGUGGAACACCUUGGCAUCCUUACUGGAGCUCAGCUCUUCUCCCUCAACAGAGAGGAGUUGAAGAAAGUGUGUGGUGAUGAGGGAAACAGAGUAUACAGUAAAAUCACAGUGGAGAAGAACCAACUGGAGAAGAGCAGAGGGGAGUCAGAGCUCCAAGAAAUCAUGAAGCGUCGCCAGGAAAGGAUUGAUUCUGCUUAUUAA